AUGGGGAAGGAGUUAGGUCGCGGACAGUACGGCGUGAUUCGGUUGUGCACGGAUAAAGCGACGGGGCUGUCGCUGGCGUGUAAGAGCAUUAAUAAGGCGAAGCUGGCGGGGACGCGCGAGGUGGAGGACGUGCAGAGGGAGGUGAAGGUGAUGGAGCUGCUUAAAGGCCACCCCGCCGUGAUCGAGCUCCGCGCCACGUACGAGGACCAAAAGCGCGUGCAUUUGAUCAUGGAGUUGUGCGAAGGCGGCGAACUCUUUGAGCGAAUCAGCAAACGAAAGCAUUACCCUGAAAACGAGGCGGCGGAGGUUUGUCGCACGCUCGUGUCAGUCGUCGCACACUGCCAGGCGCACGGACUCAUGCAUCGCGAUCUCAAGCCCGAAAACAUUCUGCUCGUCAACCAAUCGUCGCACACGCGAGUCAAAGUCGUCGACUACGGCCUCGCGGUUUUCGUCAAACCAGGCGCAAAACUCACCACAAUGGCGGGCAGCGCGUACUACAUAGCGCCAGAAGUGUUAAAUAACUGCUACGGCUUGGAGGCAGACAUGUGGAGCGUGGGGGUGAUUCUCUACAUCCUGCUGUGCGGCCUGCCGCCGUUCUGGGCGGAGAAGGAGGAGGGCAUAUUCGCGGCCAUCAAGACGGGCAAGAUCGACGUGUUCACGGGCGUGUGGGAGGGCGUGUCUCAAGAUGCUAAAGACCUCGUUAUAAAGCUUCUCACGAGGGAUCCUUCGAAGAGAAUCACGCCAGAAAAGGCACUGGGUGAGUGGAGGGUGGGGCGCACGCGGGGGCAACCCGUUUCCCCUCCUCCGCCUCCCUCUCUGGAAUCCAACUUUCCAUUUCCCCCUUUUCCCCUCUUCCCCCCCACCUGUCCAGCCCACCGAUGGUUGAAGCAGCACGCGGGGGCAACUCGCUUCCCCUCCUCCGCCUCCCUCUCCGGAAUCCCCCCCAAGCCCGCCACUGCUGACGUCAUGGGCGCGUUCAGGCGCGACAGCAGCGUCAGCAGCAGCACAGGGGGGGGCGCGCGCCCCAGCUCUAGCAGCGGGGCGGGCGCAGGGGGAGGGGGAGGCGGAGGGGGGGCGCACCACCAUCACCACGCAGGGGGGGGCGGGGUGGGGGGACUGGCGGGGGUUCUAGCAGGGGGAGACUCGUCCCUACUCUCCAAAGCGAUUCUCUCACUGAAGAAAGUCGGUAGUGGAAGCGGGGGCGGGGGCGGAGGAGGGGGGGGAGGAGGAGGCGGGGAGGGGACACAUAGCGAUCUGCUAGUUCUCCUAGAAGCGCUGAAGAAAAAAGUGGGGGACGGGGGGGUGGCAGGAGCAGCAGGGGGAGGGGGAGCGGGACUCCCCCAUCCUAUAGUGCCUCGUUCCCGAAGCGUGGGGAUGAGUCGUAGCGGGUCGUUAUCAGGAGCUGAAUCCGAUGCUGACGGUGCUCCUGGGAAAGACAGACGGUCGGCGUCUGCCCGACACGGGUCCGGACUGACCGGGGCAGAUGAUGAAACUUCCGAAGCUGCCCUGCAGGCGUUUCUCGCGGCUUCCCGGGAGGUGCUGAGGAAAGAUGGUGGGGAGGGAGGUGGGGGGGGAGCGGGGGGAGAGGAACGAUUGGCAAAGCUUUUAGCUAAGCUUGAAGCAACGGGAGGGGGCGGCGGAGGAGGAGGGAGGGAGGACCGGCCGGGGUUACCAAGGGGCGGCAGCACGGGCGGCGGGGCACCAGGCCGGCCGAAGCUGCCGCCCUCCCGGAGCACAAGAGACGCAUCGGAUCACGAGGGGGAGGACGAUGGGCGGCGGGUGAGAAAAGAAGUCAAGCUUCCGUCGUCUGCUUCUGUGUCUGCUGCCGAUGCCGGGUCGAAACUUUUACGGCACCGCGACGAAUCACACGAUGAGAAGGAGGGUGGUGGUGGUGAGGAUGGUGGUGCGGGAGCAAAGGGGGGAGCAGGGGGGGCGAGGGGUAUGUCUCGGGUGUCGGAUAAGGCCAAGAGUGCCAAGGAGCGGCUGGAGGGGAACAGCUUGUUUCGGCACAAGUCGACCAACGUGUCGGCUCUUGUUCCGGUCCGGGACGGCAGGGAUGGGCGAGAGGGCAGGGACGGGAGGGACGGGCGGGACGGGAGGGAGGGGAGAGAUGGGUCGGCAAGGGGUGGGGGGGGAGCGAGGCCUGUGUCUCCUCUCUUGGAAGAAUCUUCUCGCUCCCAUCCGUCCAAUCGGGGAGGAAUAGGAGCUCCGCCGUCCCCCACAGCCAGUGUGAGCAGCCGAGCGGGCGGCGGCGGCCGGCGUGUUUCGGCUACUAAUGGCCUGGUCCGGCGGAAAUCGGCAGAUGUGGGGAAGUUGUUGGAAGAUUUGGGCGGCGACGGGGGGAAGGAUGCGGGGCGGGAUGGGGCGGAGAGCACGAGCAGCGGCGGGCGGAAAUCGGCUGCUUCUGGCGGCUCGUCCGCUUCUCGGAGGCGGCCGAGUCGGGAUUUUGACGACCUGGCACGGACGGGCGGGGUUGUCUUUUCUGUGUCGGCGGGCGGCGGACUGACCAACGAUGUGAGUGCUGAUAAAUCUUUCACGCCCUAA